AUGGCAAAUGUAAGUACUCGGGUCUUUAUCCAUUGUAAGCUUAAAAAGGGGUCUUCGUAUAAGUCUGAUGUCGAUAAGAAUGGGGCAUUCGAGAUUAACUCCUCCUCUACCACAACAAGUACUGCUGAAUCAGCAUGCGGGAGCAACUGGCCUAGGCAGGGCUGUGGUCAUUUUCGUAUUCGGAGUCUUCCAAAGAACUGCGGGCACGCAAAGAGAUGUGCAUUAAAAAAUGGUAAAAAGUCAAUGAAACCGAAGUCUUGGACUCAGCAGAGGCAUCGACGCCAUGACAGGCAUAAGGGCGAUCACGCUAGUUCUACCUCCAGAGACGACUCAAAUCAUAGCCGCCCUUACAAAUAUGGGCACUGGUUGCCGGCAUCCCAAUAUCCUGGUUACCCACCGCUUCCUCAACUCUAUCCAAGCUACGCUUAUCCUCCUUUCCCUUAUUAUCCUCCUCCUCCACCACCACCGCCUCCACCACUACCAGUUCUCCCGCAUCCCAGUUACAUGGCCCCACCACCAGUGCUGAUUGACCCCUGGACAUACAGACGCCAUCACAUACCACGGCAGUAUCGACGGCACAAAUCUCGGAAGCUCAGCAAGCAUCAUCAGAGAUCUACAACUUGCAGACAUAAGUUGAAAAAGGAACCGAAGCUGUGCAAAGAAUUUGAAAUCACUGCCGAUCAGGGUUGGGAGCAAAAUAGACUGCACAAUGAAGAUAGCACGCUUAGUAUCCGAACUUCGAAAGUCUUUCCUGGACCAUCGGUAGUCAACAGUGCGCCGUUAGCGCGCCUUGCUCAGAUUGCCACGCCAACCGCUUCCGAUGUGCCAAUGCAGCCUCUUCAAAGCUCCCUUCCUCGUCCACUCUCCCCUUUGCAUCAGUCGAACAACGUACCAAGGGGAAUUUACGCUCUACCAGAAACAGGUGGGCCCUUUUUUGAUCCGUUCAAGGGUCACAGCCUCCCAAACGAACCGUCAGGCCUUGUUGAAACACGACUGGCUACUGCUUCACCACCCACAAAGAUUGAUCCAUCACCCUCAGCCGCAUUCUCUAGUGCUGUAUAUGGCACAAACAAAAUCCACUCCAUGCGUGACAAUCAACCAAGAUCAUCAACUGUUGCUCGGAUGCCUUCGUGCUCAGCAUCAAUGCCAAAAGAUGCAGUUGUUCAAUCGCAAACUGUUCAGGGAUCCUCACAACCACCUAAUCGCCGCAUAGUGAACCAAAAUGUACAAUCACGACAGCCGCUCAACGAUGUGAUGGGUCCAAACCCAGGUGUCUCUAAUCCUGGCUUUGGUCCCCCUCGGCAUUUUCCCCCAACCCCUGGAGCCAAGGUUGACGGUCCUCAGGUGACCUCAACUGGUGACAAAUACGGUCUCUUUCGUAUGCCCACGUCUGAGGCAGAAUAUAACAGUUGUGAAAAACGCUUUGAUUGGUUGCAAUCAGAAAAAAUACACUUGGAAAACUCAUUGAAUAAGCUGACUAUGGAAAGUGUUGGCGUAGCUUGUGAACGAAAACAGCCUUUAGGAUUCAGGACGUCAGUGGAAGAGUCCCGUAUUGCUAAUGCACUUGGUCAAAUUGGCCGCGAAAUGUCAGCUUUACGUCUGGUGAUGAAAAAAUAUACCAAC